CCAUGGUCGGAAAUAGACAUUUGCCUAGAGAGAGAAAUUUGCGUAAGCUAGGGAUGGCGAUUUAGAAGCAAUUUCUUCAUUUCAAGACAUUUAAAAGCGCUUAAGUUUUUAUUAAUUUAUUGGUUUAUGUUAGUUUUAAAGCCAUUUCGAUUUAGCUAGAAGCGUCCAGUGCGCUCGUAGGGAACGAAGUACGAAACCGGCUCCGCUCGUGUUUUUUAGUUGUCAAAUUCAUAAAAAUGGCGGACCCAGGUAGCAAGAACCGUAUUCAGAACUUCAAGAACAAAGGAAAAGAUCAGGAUGAAAUGCGAAGGCGAAGGAAUGAAGUAACGGUUGAACUUAGAAAAAAUAAGCGUGAAGAGACAUUACUGAAGAGGCGGAAUGUUCCAACAGUAGAUUCAACUGAUGAAGAUGACAUUGAAAAGUCUCUAUCCAAUACCAACUUGGAGCAACUUGUAGCACAAGCUACAAUGGUUGAUAACCCUGAUGUGCAAUUGAUGGCUGUUCAAUCUACUAGAAAACUGUUGUCUUCAGAUAGAAAUCCUCCUAUAGAUGCUCUUAUUCAGUGCGGAAUUCUCCCUAUUUUAGUAAAGUUUUUAGAGCGCCAUGACAACCAUAAUCUUCAGUUUGAGUCAGCUUGGGCUUUAACUAACAUAGCAUCCGGUACUUCUGCCCAAACUAAUAAAGUAGUAUCGGCUGGUGCAGUCCCACUUUUUCUAAUGCUCUUGCAUUCUCCACAUCAAAAUGUUUGUGAACAGGCUGUGUGGGCACUAGGAAAUAUUAUUGGAGAUGGUCCGGUACUUAGAGACUAUGUAAUUGAAUUAGGAGUUGUGGAACCAUUAUUGUCCUUUAUCAAGCCAGAAAUUCCUAUUACAUUUUUACGAAAUGUAACAUGGGUGAUUGUGAAUUUGUGCAGGAAUAAAGAUCCACCACCACCAAUUCAGACAAUUGAAGAAUUAUUGCCUGCUUUGAAUGCAUUGAUUCAUCACACGGAUAUUAAUAUUUUAGUUGACACUGUUUGGGCUUUAAGCUAUUUAACAGAUGGCGGCAAUGAGCAGAUUCAGAUGGUAAUUGAUAGUGGAGUUGUACCGAAACUAAUUCCCUUAUUAAGCCAUAUAGAAGUUAAAGUUCAGACGGCUGCUUUGAGAGCUGUAGGAAACAUUGUGACAGGAACAGAUGAGCAGACUCAGGUCGUUCUAAACUGUGAUGCAUUAUCUCACUUCCCUGCUUUACUCACUCACCCUAAAGAUAAAAUUUGUAAAGAAGCUGUUUGGUUUUUGUCAAAUAUAACAGCUGGCAAUCAAAGACAAGUUCAAGCUGUCAUAAAUGCGGGUUUACUGCCAAAAAUUAUACACAAUCUCACAAAAGGUGAUUUUCAAACACAAAAGGAGGCCGCCUGGGCUAUAUCAAACUUGACAAUAGGGGGCAAUAAAGAGCAAGUGGCUAGACUUAUUCAGGAAGGGGUCAUCCCUCCUUUUUGUGAUCUUUUGAAUUGCAAAGAUGCCACUGUGAUUCAAGUUGUUCUGGAUGGUAUUAAUAACAUGCUUAAGAUGGCAGGCCCUCAAGUUGAGCAGCUCUGCACCAUGAUUGAAGAAUGCAAUGGUCUGGAUAAAAUUGAAGCCUUGCAGAAUCACGAUAAUAUCGAGAUUUAUAAAUUGGCUUACGAUAUCAUAGAGCAAUAUUUCAGCGGGGAUGCUGAAGAUGAUCCAAACUUAGCGCCGACAGCAGGAGAUAGUGGUUUCAAUUUCGAUCCAAAUACAAAUGUUCCCAAUGAAGGGUUCAAGUUUUGAUUUUGCAUUAUAUAGUUGUUGCUCGGUUUUGAAUGAUUUUUCAACAAACCCAAAGCAGAGCAUACUUUCGCUAUAUAUUUAUCCCUUGAACCUAACUGACUGUACGUUCAUUUUAAUUAUCUUCUUGUACAUAUUUCUUUUAAUCGGGAUGACAUUGUGUAGGAUAUUUAUUUAAUUUAAAUUAUGUAUUUACAAAAAUUUAUACCCCAACAUUUAUAUUAAAAGACUGUUUAAUUUUGUCUUGGUGACUUUUAAAUUAGGUAAAUAUCUGCUUACAUUUGGAAAAAUUGUAUAAAUAGCAAAUAAUCCUGUCUAUUAAAAUGACCGUACAUGAAUAAAAGAUCUGUGCAUAACACGAAAAUAUUUAUUUAUUUUUUUAGUUUUUUGUUUUUUCGAUAACCAAGGCUGGUUUUUUUUCAAUGAAAAUGCACAGAUGUUUUUAAAUUUUACCUGUGUAUUUAUGAUAUUAUAUACUUAUUAAUUAAAGAACAAUAUUAUUAAAUUGGAAUUUUUGAAAGGAAUAUAUUUUUUAUUAAAAAGUUUUACAGGCAAAGGAAUCCUUGUAUGGUGCCAGUAGUAAGUGGAUUUGAUUUAUUUGGACUGCAUUGGUUCUUUAGAGAAAGCCUUGGCGUAUUGUAUAGCUCAACUGUAUUUUGCUUUAAACAUUUUCCUC